AAGGGGAGGGACUUCGCCUUUGUGUGUAUUUCCGUCAUUUCCGUCCGACGGGGGAAAAAACAAAACACACGACUAGCAAAAGAGCUGUAAUGAAACCGAACCUAAAAAGCUCAACUACCACCUAAAUUACCAUGUGUAGCAUACAGGUUAGGUGGUGAGUUAGCUAACGAUACGGGGAACUAAUGUUGGGUAGCCAACCAGCCUUUUUACAACAUGAAUUUAAGAGGACUCUUUCAGGACUUCAACCCCAGUAAGUUCCUGAUCUACUCCUGUCUGCUGCUCUUCUCCGUGUUGCUCUCCUUGAGGCUGGAUGGAGUCAUCCAGUGGAGCUACUGGGCUGUGUUCACCCCGAUAUGGCUGUGGAAGCUGUUGGUCAUCAUUGGGGCCUCCGUGGGCACUGGAGUCUGGGCACACAACCCCCAGUACAGGGCUGAAGGGGAGACAUGUGUGGAGUUCAAGGCCAUGCUGAUCGCAGUGGGGCUCCACGUCCUGCUGCUGAUGUUCGAGGUGUUAGUGUGCGACCGCGUGGCCAGGGGAAAUUACUUCUGGCUUCUCGUCUUCAUGCCUCUCUUCUUCGUGUCGCCCGUCUCUGUAGCAGCCUGCGUCUGGGGGUUCAGACACGACCGCUCACUCGAGCUGGAGGUGUUGUGUUCAGUUAACAUUCUUCAGUUCAUCUUCAUCGCCCUGAGGCUCGACAGGAUCAUCAACUGGCCUUGGCUGGUGGUGUGUGUCCCACUGUGGAUCCUGAUGUCCUUCCUGUGCCUUGUUGUCCUCUACUACAUCAUCUGGUCUGUCCUCUUCCUGCGCUCCAUUGACAUCAUCGCCGAGCAACGGCGGACUCACAUCACCAUGGCAAUCAGCUGGAUGGCCAUCGUCGUGCCCCUCCUCACCUUUGAGAUCCUUCUGGUGCACAAGCUGGAUGGCCACAACAGUCUGAGCUACGUGUGUGUGUUCGUCCCUCUCUGGCUCUCCCUGCUCACACUCAUGGCCACCACGUUUGGCCAGAAGGGAGGAAACCACUGGUGGUUUGGCAUCCGUAAGGACUUCUGCCACUUCCUGUUGGAGCUCCUCCCCUUCCUGCGCGAGUACGGUAACGUGUCCUACGACCUCCAACGCAGCGAGGACCCCGAGGCGGCCGAAGAUCUGCCCAUCCCCGAACCGCCACCAAAGAUUGCCCCGAUGUUCCACAAGAAGACCGGCGUGGUGAUCACACAGAGCCCCGGGAAAUACUUUGUCCCGCCGCCCAAACUCUGCAUCGACAUGCCUGACUAACUGUGUAUCAGAGCGGAAGGGGGCUGCUGUACUGAUGUGUUCAAGUCGUGGAGCCAAAACAGCAGAGGACACUGUGUUUUGGUCCCCUCGCCUAAACUCUGCAUUAGCAUGGCAGCUGAGAGUGACACACUAGAGCCAAUAUGGUGAUGGAACACUAAUGGAUCCAUUAAAGUAAAGACUGCCCUGCCUAACUCUGUCAAGGACUGAAUCAUGGAACCAAAAGAAAGGACUUCUUUGUUUGUUUGUUUUUUUAAUAAUCCGUAGGUGAAGUUUCACUGUGUUGCUUACUCCCAGUUUUAUCCAUUUUAUGAUGGACAUUUUGGGGGAAAUUGACAACAGAAUUGUCUCCGAUUCACUUGGAUCUAAAUAUUUAGGUUGACACGAACGAUGACACGAGCUGGAUCUGCGUAGCCUUGAAUAUUUGACUUGGUAACAGCAGUUGAUCAUUGAUUCAGACAAACCUAAAGCCAAGAUGGUGCUCGUCUUGCUUUACGAUGGGGCCCAUUGGAGAGACUAGCUUAAAUUUGGGAUCUUUUUUUUCUCCUGUUUCCACUUUUGACCAUGCAGGUGGAGAAACAAAAGGGAGGUGGAGUUAAAAGAAAGGUUCAGCUUUUUUUUUUCAGGUUCCUGGUACAAUGUCUGCAUGCCUAUAUGUAUACUGAAAGAGUUAGUACCUUCGCCAAGGCGGU